CAUAUUCCUGCUGAGCUGUGUCAGCGGAGCACAUGCGUAUUGUAAUGUCACUUCCGUGUAAAUAAACACAUGUGAACCCAAGAUCAAGAGGCCAAACGCGAAUGACAAUCUGCACCUUCUUUCUCACCUCAGUAUUGUGCGUUUUAUAGCACACUUUACAUUCAUAAUGAGCGACUGGGAGGAAGAAAUCGAGAAUGACAUGCGAGGAAUGUCCUUUUCAUCGCAGCCUCAAAGUCAAAACACGAACCGUUGGAGCAAUGAUGAUUAUGCCAACUCGCAGUCGACCAGCAACUAUGGGCAGGACCGUUCCGCGCCAUACGGCCAGGGCCGGGCGAGAUCAAGCGUGGGCCGUGGCGGCGGCACUGGAUACAGGGGUCGCGAUGACGAUCGAGGCAGGACGGCAUCAUCUGGCAUUGGUCGGGGCCGUGGGAUUGCGUUGGAAAGGAAUAAUGAUCGUAGAAAUGAUGGCAAUGAUGAAGGAGAAUGGAGAGGUGAAAGUAGAACUUGGAAUUCAGGUCGGUAUGACAGCAGACGAUCGUCAAGUCCCAAUUGGAGAAAGAAUGAACGUGAGAAUAACGAAGCAGGAUCGCGAGAUAAACAAGAAAGAUGGUAUGGAGAAACAGGAGGAGGAGGAGGAAGGAGAGGAGAUGACGAGAGAUCAAGAGAUGAUAAAGGAUCUCUUUUAGUGGACAAUCAGUAUCUGGGCAGAAUAAUAGGAAAACAAGGGGCAAAGAUCAGGGAACUAGAACAAGAGAGUGGUGCCAGAAUAAAGAUCAUGUCCAGAGAGUCUGAUGGAUACGAGACUACAAUCAAUCUAGAAGGUGGAGAAGAAGCACAAGCAAAGGCCAAGAAAUUGAUAGAAGAACUGACAGAUCCAGACUUUAGAGGCAACACUAGAAAGCCACAGUCUUCAAGUUUCAGCUUCAAUAGUAGAAAUGGAACUGAUAGCAAUAGCCAAGAUGAUGCACCUCCGAAACCGAGGGGGCCAAUCGACUGGAAGAAUCUACAGGCAGAGCAGGAUAUAUAUCUAGCACAAAAAUGGAAAGAUUACCCUGAAGUCAUCAAGGAUUUCUACCAUGAGCACAGCUCUAUCAAGGCCUUAUCAGAAGAGGAAACAGAUGCUCUCAGGGAGGUGAUCGGUGUGUCAGCUGUAGAUGACAGCGCCAAGGAGCUGAAUCGUAUCAUUCCAAAACCAGUCAGAACAUUUGAAGAGGCAUUUGAAGAUUACCCUGAAAUCCUUCGAGAGAUAUACAAGCAAAAAUUCACCAAACCAUCGCCUAUACAGAGUCAAGGUUGGCCUGUAGCUCUCAAAGGUCACGACCUGAUAGGUAUAGCACAGACUGGGAGCGGAAAGACACUAGCAUUCCUCUUACCGGCUCUUAUACACACAGACCUACAGCCAGGGGCUCGUAAGUCGCGUGGUGGACCUAACGUUCUCGUCCUCUCACCAACCCGUGAGCUUGCUCUUCAGAUAGAAUCGGAGGUCAACAAGUAUUCCUACAAGGGUAUCAAAAGUGUGUGCGUCUAUGGAGGUGGCGAUAGGAGGAAACAAAUCAAGGUAGUGUCUGACGGAGUGGAGAUCAUUAUCGCUACACCAGGCAGGCUCAAUGAUCUCAUCAUGAACAAGAUUGUGAAUGUCAUGUCAGUUACAUUUUUGGUGCUAGACGAAGCUGAUCGGAUGCUUGACAUGGGCUUUGAACCUCAGAUCAUGAAGAUUCUACUGGACGUGAGACCUGACAGACAAACCAUCAUGACAAGUGCUACAUGGCCAGAGGGAGUGAGGCGUCUGGCUAAGAACUACAUGAAGAACCCGAUCCAUGUCAAUGUAGGAUCAUUGGAUCUGUCCGCUUGCCACAAUGUAACUCAACUCGUUGAAAUCGUAGAUGAAGAGGAAAAGAGAGACAGGCUCAUUGCGUUCUUUGAGACGAUGACAGAAGAUGAGAAAGUACUAGUCUUUGUUGGAAGGAAAGUCAUGGCGGAUGACCUGUCAUGUGACAUGAGCAUGAGGAACCUGUCAGUACAGAGCAUUCAUGGAGGGAGAGAACAGUACGACAGAGAACGAGCGCUGGAAGAUUUCAAAGAUGGUUCUGUUCGUAUCUUGAUUGCAACUGAUGUAGCCUCUAGAGGAUUGGAUAUCAAGGAUAUCACCCACGUCUUUAACUUUGACUGUCCUAAUCAUAUAGAGGAGUACGUCCACAGAGUGGGUAGGACUGGAAGAGCAGGGCGUACCGGUACAUCUCUCACCUUGAUGACCAAGAAGGAUUGGCGUUGGGCUGGUGACAUCAUUAAGAUCAUGGAAGAAGCAGGCCAGGAAGUACCGUAUGAGCUGAUUGAGAUGGCAGAGAGGUGGAAGAGACAUCAAGCUAGGAUGGCAGAUGGCGACAGGAGAGGAGGAGGAAGAGGAGGAGGACGAGGAAGAGGAGGAGGAGAAGGAGGCUUCAGAGGAGGGCGUGACAGGGACUCCGGAGGGGGAGGCUUUGGGUUCAGUAGUGGUGGUGGUGGUGGUGGCGGGUUUGGCUUUGGAGGUAGGAGUGGAGGAGGAGGGAGGAGGGGCGGGGAGAGAGAUGAGUGGUGGUAAGAUAUAGAGAGGAGGGAGAAGAGAGAAAGGAGGAAAAUAGGAAGGUUAGAGAAAGAAGGAUGAAGAGGUAAAGGGAAAGAAUACUGGAUAUAAAGAAUGCAGGCAUCAAAGAUUAAAGGGCCAUCCAACCUUUAUAAUAAGCUCAUGUGUAGGUAUUUUCCUUUAAUAUAUAAAGAUAAAAGAUAUUGAAAAGGAGAUGUCUGAAUGUUGGAGAGGAGAAGGAAAUAGGAAGAAAGAAAAGGGGAGGUAGAAAGAUAAGCGGAAGGAGGAAAGGAGGAAUGGAGAGAGAGUGGGGGAGAGACAGACAGAGACUGAGACAGACAGAUCUAGCUUUACAAUAUUGACGAUUUUGGAAGAAAUAUGAAAGGUUCGGAAAAGAGUAAAGGGAAAUGUCAAAAAAUGGUGCAUAUGUGGAUAAGUUUGUUAAGGAUAUGACUGAGAAAACAACAAAUUGAUGAGUAAAAAAAUGUUAAUUGGUGGAAAAGCACUAAGAAAGAUAAAUUGUACUGGACAAGUGAUCAACAGUGCGUUAAAUCUUGAUUUCACUUGAAAUCACUGAGGAGUGCCACAUUGUGUGGAGUAUCAGGUUUCAUACAUGUGUGUGCCAAAAGUAGAGUAUGGCACUCCACUUGUUGUUCAUUUGUUUACAAAAGAGGGCAAAAGGUUGAGCAAGAAAAGGAAGGAGAAUGUGGAAAUGAUGUUGAUCAAAUGGCAGUUAAUAAAGGAAGAUGAUAGAAACACAAUAACCAAAGAGGUAGGGAAAAUAAAAAGUAUGAACAUAUAUUUCAGUGUGUGCAAUCUUUGUUGCAGGGAUCAGUGAGAAGCAUAAACUGGAAUUUAAAAAAAAGUUGUUUAAGUAUUUAAUUUUUAUAAAGUUAUUUUACUUUUUCAAAGCUUCCGCAUCUUCAUUUUGUAUGUAUUGUACACAGCUUUUUUGUUAACCUUUAUCUCAUGCAAUUUCAUUUCUUUAAAUCAAAUAAAUGUUUUUAAAAGAAAAAUAAUAACAUAUGUUCAUGGGCACAGUAUCACUUGGUGCUUCAACACUUUUUGAGGGCUCCAUAUUUGUGCUCACAGAACAGUCCUUUUGAGCUUCUAAUAAUCAGAGAUAUAAAAUAUUCUAUUUGUUCCAAAGAUUGAAAUUAGUGGAGUAUGUACAUUGUAUCUGUCACUUAAAGGAUAUUAGAGGGUCAAGUAAAGUUCCAAAUUGUUGGAAACCCAAUUCAAAGAGGAAAAAUAUAGUUAGUAUCGCUUGAGUGCAGUACAUUUCUUGCCAUGGAUUUUGGAUAUAUACUGUGUAUUGUAGGAAACGGAUUAUAUAUUUUUUAAUUGUUUGAUUUCAUAUUAUAACACAUUUUGAGUUGUAUUUUUAUGUCACGGGUAUGUUCUUUUCAUCUUGAAGCUGUAAAAGCUGAGAGGGUAUGGCACGCUCAAGGCUCAUUCAGAUAUGACACGGUAAACCAACACGAUAACAAAACUCUCACUUCAAAGGGGGUGUAGCAUGACAAGACUACAUCUGUUUCCUGGGGCCAAUUGGGUAUAACACGACUAUGAACGACGUGACCGCAGUAUUCAUGUGCGUGCAACAUACGCAAAACUGAAGCUUGAGCAGAACUUCGGUCUGUUUCGCGAAUGCUAGCGCUCUCUGACCAUUAAUCAAGUCCAUUCGUUUACGUACAGUUGUCCAAAAGAAGUCGUAGAUUGCGUUAACCAGUAUUUGCCAUGCUACACCCCCUUUUAUAAAGAAAUGUGUAAAUGAGUGACAUCUGAAUGCAACAAAUGACCUACGUGUAUUCACUUAGCCCCGUAUUAUGAUAUACAGAAAUGGGAAGCAUAUAACGCUUUGCUGUGAUUUACUGCAACACUUCUGAACAAGGCUUUAUCGCUGGUGAUGACUUUAUUUCAAACGACUACUAAGAAAGAAGGUUAAUAUACUUGGGGUAUUGUAAAAUGAUGUUUAUCCAAUGGACCUAUGGCAAUAAUUCCUGUACGAGGGACUUCAUGGUUGAGAAAGAAUGACUAAGGUACGACCAAUUGGGUUCAUGAGUAAAUGUUUUUGUUGGAUGAACAUACCUACAACUGUCUUUCUUUAUGGGUUGUAUUGUCAAUUUGAAAUUUAGCAGAGGAAAGAAAGGGGGGGAGAAAUCAUGCAUUUAUAUUUUUUACAUGACUUGUAUCUAAAGCAUCAUAACAAGUAAUGUCUGCUGCAAUCAUACAGUACCUCUGGUCAAAUGGUAUGUCAUUGUAAUGCUUAGAAGUUCUGCCUGACCUUGCGUUGAUCAGAAAUAUCAUUACACAAAACGCUGAAGUAUAUUGUACAUGUGUAUGUGCCUAGAAUGAGCAGAUCAGUGUGGAGGUGUUGUGGUCUAGUGGAUGAGUCUCCGGACGAUGAGCCACAAGAUACAGGAUUCAAAUCCAGCCGCGGCAAUAUUGUCCUUUGGGAAGACUUUAAUGUGCAUUUGCCACACUCGACCCAGGUGUAGUAAGUGGGUACCUGGUGGGAUAUAUUCCUUGACUGCACUGAGCGCUACAGUUGCCAGAGAUGAAGCCGGCGUAAUAAAUAAUAUUCAAAGCUCUGUGGAAGCCUGUGGAGACGUUAUAUCAUAAUGUGAAAUGCGCUACACAAGAACGGCAUAUUAUAAUUAUGAUUAUUAGUAACUAUAACUUAAAAUUGGUACAUUCUAUUUGAAAGUACAGAUACGUGGCCUUCACUUAUUAUCUCCAUCCAUUAUUUGAUAUGUUUUAAAACUGAAUGUGUGUUGAACUGUAUUUACCUGUCACAUUGAGUAGAUGAGGUGUACUAUAUGGAAUAAUAUCUGUUGAUAUUUGUUUAUUUCAUUACCGGCUAUUGUUCAUAACUCUCUAUGUGCCAAAGAUUAAAUGUUAAGGACCAAGUAGUAGCAUUUAUGCAUGGUAUUUAGGUAACAGUUAUAUCAUAAGAAGUUAUUAUUGGUAUACAUGACACAUAUUGAGUAGAUGAGGUGUACUAAAUGGAAUAAUAUCUGUUGAUAUUUGUUUAUUUCAUUACCAGUAAUUGUUUCAUAACUCUCUAUAUGCCAAAGAUGAAAUGUUAAGGACCAAGUAGUAGCAUUUAUGCAUGGUUUUUUAGGUAACAGUUAUAUUAUAAGAAGUUAUUAUUGGUAUACAUGACACAUAUUGAGUAGAUGAGGUGUACUAAAUGGAAUAAUAUCUGUUGAUAUUUGUUUAUUUCAUUACCGGUAAUCGAUUCAUAAAUCUCUUUGUGCCAAAGAUGGAAUGUUAAGGACCAAGUAGUAGCACUUGUGCAUGGUAUUUAGGUAACAGUUAUAUUAUAGGAAGUUAUUAUUGGUGUACAUGACACAAAACUUCCUUGCAGAGAAUGUUCAACAGGAACAUCAAAUCUAGUUUUUUGUAUGUAAAACCAUUUCUGUGCCUUUGAUUGUUUAACAUUUAGGUGAUAAAACCAUUACGAAUGCAUUCCAUUAGUACAUACUGUGUGCUCUUUAGCAAAAUGUUGAUUGACAAGUGCAAACGUCCGUUCAAGUAAUAUUGUUCUUGCUAACAAUUUUAAAAAAUGAAACUCGUUGGGAAGUUUCAGUACCCUAGCUAGCGUAUAUUCCGUUGAAAUCAUGUUCAGAUUACUUGAUGCAUCAUUGUAAUGUAUGUACGUUUCAACAGGUAAUGGCCGGGCUACUGAUAUAACCAUAGGUUGACUUUUUGAAAUCUUUGAGAUCUUGUGUAAUGUAGUUACCUGAAUCUCUUUUGGCUAAAAGGGAGAUAUACUUGGGUUAAUGGAGAAAAGAAAAGAAUUUAUAACAUUACUUUCACGUUUUAGAGAAUUUUAAAAAGUUUUUUCUACAUUGCUAAGCGUUGUAUUGAUUUCUAUUUUAACCCCCCCCCCCUCCCCUCUUUUGUUACAAUGCCGGAUCUGCAUUUGAUUGAGGUUAUUUGUAAAACUUAAAGUUGUAAAUGAGAAUAGAAAUCGUAAAAAACAUUGUAAAUGCUGUGUUCUUGUGGAAAAUUUGGGCCAUCUCUAGAGACCUUUCUUUGAAAUACAUUAGUCCAACUUAACGGGUAUAGAUUUUAGAAGGUUAUAUGAAUGGAAUGUGUGUUUUUGCCAAGUAUACUUUUGUUAAAAAUUAUAGAAAUACCUUAAUAAGGAUUUACAAGUGUAUUCUCAGCUCAAGCAUUUGAUAAGGCUGUUAUAUUUAGAGGCUGAAGCUGAUAAUGAGUUCAAAAUGUGAUAUAAUGUAAUCUUGGGACCUUUUCCUUACAACUCUAUUGAAUUUUUCACAGUCAUACGUUGGGAUGGAUAGAUUUAAACAAGUAGUUGGUAACAGGUAGCUUUCUUGUUAUGCAAGUAUUUUGUAAGAUCCAUGUAAAGCACAUUUUAUUUGUUUAUGAAUAGCAUAAUUUUGCAGAAAUAAAUUUAUUAUAAAGAAUGUUCAUACAAAUUUUCUUUAUAUUAAAUAUGACAAAUAUAAUUGUUACAUUAUCCAGUUGAGAAAGAAGAAGUGCCUUGUGGUAUUUGAUUGUUACAAUGGAGCUUCCAAGCAGAAUGAUGCUGCAUUAAAAAAAAAGAUGAUUUUCGUUUUGUGAGAGUCUUCUUUUGGAUUUUGAUACAAAUAAUGCAUAGCUGUCUCAACAUCCCUCCAUGCUAUGGCCUAGUACAUGUUUAUGUAUUUUUUUAAAUGUCAAUUGACAGUAUUCAAAUGUUAGUUUGUUAUUUUUUUAAAGUUAGAAUUUGUAAUAAAAUAUUAUAUUGCAGAUCAGAAAA